AUGGUCUGUCAAAACAUGAUCUUGCACCAUUACUUGGCCACCCUGGCCGUACGAUACCUCUUCUUUAUUUUCAUUGGUUUGCUAAUGCCUGUUCCAUCGACCUACGCUCGGGCAAUGGAUCCCAAAUGUUCGGGAUUCUGCCAUCGCUGA